GUGGCGGCAGUGUCGGGGCCGGGUAUCAUGGCGACGUACGUGGACAUCCUAAGGAGCGAGUUUCCUCACAUCGACACGGAGGUCUUCGACUACAUUAAAGGUGUGUUGGAGAGCUGCGGGCCAGACUUCGAGGAUGGGGAGGAAGUGUUCGACGCGGUGGGAGGAGUCCUGCAGGAAGUCUGCACCGACAAUAAAAACGAGGACGACGUCAAAGAGAUCUGCUACCAGAUGUUCAACACUCUCAAACUGAAUAACCAUCAUGGGAAUCACAGGCAGGUUCUGCUGGAUGCUCCCGUUCAGCUCUCUCAAAUCUCUGCAGACAGCGUGUGUGCAGCAGAGGACGUGCAGGGCAUCUGGAUGAUGAAGCGCGGUCAGAACACAACGGUCAACGCUAAGAAGCUGGAGAAGGCCGAGGCGAAGCUGAAGGCUAAACUCGAUCGCCGCACCGAGAGGGACGUCCUGAGACCCACCGCUCCAAUAGUCCUGGAGGAGGCGUCGGCCAGUCAGGCGAGCAAUAAGAAAGACACCCGAAUCGACCUAUCAGGGAAGAACAAGAGCUACGACAUCCGCAUCGAGAACUUUGAUGUUUCCUUCGGAGAAAGGUGUUUGCUGCAGGGGGCGGAGAUCUCUCUGUCUUCGGGCAGGCGCUACGGUCUGAUUGGUCGUAACGGUUUGGGGAAGACGACCCUCCUGAAGAUGUUGGCGAGUCGCAGUCUGCGGGUCCCGCCUCACAUCACCAUCCUGCACGUGGAACAGGAAGUGGCCGGAGACGAGACCAGAGCUCUGCAGAGCGUCCUGGAGAGCGACUCCGUGAGGGAGGGGCUGCUGGCGGAGGAGAGGAACCUCAACGCGCGCAUCGCCACCGGAGCUAUUGACGGGAAUGAGAGCGUCCGGCUGACGGAGAUCUACGCCAAGCUGGAGGAGAUCGAGGCGGACAAAGCCCCGGCCCGAGCGUCCGUCAUCCUGGCCGGACUCGGGUUUUCUUCCAAAAUGCAACAGCAGACCACCAAGGAGUUCUCAGGAGGAUGGAGGAUGAGGCUGGCGUUGGCCAGAGCUCUGUUCGCUAAGCCGGACCUGCUGCUGCUGGAUGAGCCCACCAACAUGCUGGACGUCAGAGCCAUCCUCUGGUUGGAGACCUACCUGCAGACGUGGCAGUCCACCAUCUUGGUGGUUUCUCACGACAGGAACUUCCUGAACGCCGUGGUGACCGACAUCGUGCACCUGCACAACCAGACCCUGGACAGUUACCGUGGCGACUACGAGAACUUCAUCAAGACCAAAGAGGACCGACAGAAGAACGAGAAGCGAGAAUACGAUGCUCAGCUGCAGUACAGACAGCACAUACAGGUGUUCAUCGACAGAUUCCGGUACAACGCUAACAGAGCAGCUCAGGUCCAGAGCAAACUGAAACUACUGGAGAGACUACCUGAGAUGAAGCCGCUUGAAAAAGAGAUUGAGGUCUCCUUAAAGUUCCCAGAUAACUUUGAGAAGUUGUCUCCUCCCAUCCUUCAGUUGGAUGAGCUGGAGUUUUACUACACUCCGGAUCGUCCUCUCUUCUCGGGACUCAACGUGUCGGCCGACCUCGAGUCUCGCAUCUGCAUCGUCGGUGAAAACGGCGCGGGUAAAACCACCGUCCUGAAGCUGCUGAUGGGCGACUUAACGCCGGUCAACGGAAUGAGACAAGCCCACAGGAGCCUGAAGAUCGGUUACUUCAGUCAGCAUCACGUGGACCAGCUGGACAUGAACGUCUGCUCCAUAGAGCUGCUGCUCAACCGCUUCCCCGGUCGGCCGGAGGAGGAGUACCGGCACCAGCUGGGCGGGUACGGGAUCACUGGUGAACUCGCCACGAGGCCGGUGGCCAGUCUGUCGGGGGGGCAAAAGAGUCGCGUGGCCUUCGCUCAGAUGACCAUGCCGUGUCCAAACUUCUACAUCCUGGACGAGCCGACCAAUCAUCUGGACAUGGAGACCAUCGAGGCUCUCGCGAAGUCCCUCAACAAGUUCAGAGGCGGGGUCAUCCUGGUGUCUCACGACGAGCGUCUGAUCCGCAUGGUGUGCAAGGAGCUGUGGGUGUGUGAGCAUGGGAAGGUGGGCCGCAUCGACGGAGGCUUCGACGAGUACCGGGACAUCCUGCACGAGCAGUUCAAGAAGGAGGGUUACCUGUGAGGCCCCGCCCACUUACCUGUGAGGCCCCGCUCAGCGCCUCAACAAGCCCCGCCCCCUCUAACAACAUCCUGUUAUAGCCAAUCAGCAGCCUGGAGGACGUAUUUUUUUUUCUCCUCUGAACUGAUGUGCUGCAGGCCGAUUGGUCGAUUUCCCCUGGUGAUGUCAGUGAACUCUGGAGGAGGCGGAGUCUAUUUAAAGUCCAUCGUCACAUUAAACCUGAUCUUUUUUUUUCUGUAUCAUCGACUCUUUUAAAGGACCCAACGUUAUAUUUACAUUCAGACACAAAACAAAUAAAUCCAUCAGAUCAUGGUC